AUGUCUACUGAAGGGAUCGAGAGGUUCGUACUCAUGCCGUUCGAAGCCAUGAUGAGCCCGGCUAAGGAUCAUGCAGAAUUCAACGGCGGCAUUGGUCUCGUUGAGAUGAUGGGAACCACCAACUACCUCGCCAUGGUCGGCGGCGGCAAACCACCAAAAUUCAGCAUUAAUAAAACCAUAGUUUGGGACGACGCCAAGGGCAAGAUCGCUAUCGAGAUCGCUUCCCUUAUGCCCGUACGAGGCGUCCGCAUCAGCCGCAAUCGCAUCGUCGUCGUGCUCGAGCACAGCGUUCGUUUUUACUCUUUUGCCAAGUUGCCUGACCUUCAGGCUGUCUAUGAGACUGCAAACAAUCCCUUAGGGCUCUGCUGCAUGUCGGAAAAGAUGAUCGCUUUCCCCGGUAGAACGGUAGGCCAGGUUCAACUCGUCCACACGAGCACCGGCAACGUCAGCAUCAUCCCAGCGCAUUCAUCGGCGCUGAGAGCUCUCGUCCUGAGCUCAGAUGGAGAGUUGUUGGCCACCGCCAGCGAAACAGGCACCUUAAUCAGAGUAUUUGCAACAACUAACUGCGCCAAGCUGGUUGAGCUGCGCAGAGGCGUGGACCCUGCAACAAUAUUCUCUCUGGGCUUCAGUCCGGAGGGAACAAAACUGGCUUGCACAUCGGACAAGUCCACCUUGCAUGUUUUCGAUGUUCCACAUCCCAACAAGCCUGCGACUGCGCCGACUAGUCCAUCGGCGUCCAUGGCAGGAUCGGGCAUUCUUGCGGGAAGGCCAGGUGACGACGGAAAAGGUAGAUGGGGCUUCCUGGGCAAGGUUCCCUUACUGCCUAGAUUAUUUUCAGACGUCUACUCGUUUGCAUCGGCCCCAUUCGAGGCGGGUGACGAUUCCCUUAUUACCGGAGACGAGACCAGAACUGGGAUGAAGAAACCGCAAAAGGGCGUCAUCGGAUGGAUCAACGAGGACAGCUUGGCUGUUGUUGGCGCUGGGCGAGACGCCAAGUGGGAAAAAUUUAUCAUCACCAAGGGCGAAGAUGGGCGACGAUAUGUUACCCGAGAAGGAUGGAAGAGAUACUUGGGCAGUGUACCCUAG